AUGGAUCCUUCAAGAAGGGGCACCGCUGAAGAUCAACGCUGUAUUAUUGGAUUGCAAGAUUUAAAAAUAUCUAACAAAAAUGAGAGCGAUACUGAGCAGGCGCACAAUGCUGCAACUUCCAAUAGCACUAUCGGAAAGGCAAGGCCUGUAGGUGCAAUAGAGAGUUUCACAUUAGAGAGUACCCCAAUAAAUCGUCAAGAUUACAGCUUUUACGAACGAUCAAAUGUUAUAGCGGCUUCGAAAUUUGCGACACCAAAACGUGUAGAGACAAUUGCUUCAAUUAAUAAAUGUGAUAUUAAUGCUGCAGCUUUGCCCAAAAGCCCUACCCGAUCUGUUGAUAGUGUUUCGCAAAGGUCACUAAGCUACCAAACUGAAGAUUUAUAUGAAAUACCGGGAAAUACUAACACGCAAUAUCCUCCUCCUGUUUACGAAAAUAUAGAUUACUAUGGUGAACAACGUUCUCCGCAGCCACCAUAUUACCAUCAAAUAUACCAGCAUGGACCUCCACUACCUGUAUCCGAUGGAUAUUAUGAUACCCGGUACAGUAAAGCCCAACCCCAAGUGCCUGUAAACUCUAAAACCAAACUAAUUCCUUCUGUUUAUGAGAACAUGAUUUGCACAGAUAGUGAUAAAAAGAGUGAAUAUACGCCACAACUAGGUCAGGAGCAGCAAUUUGUCCAACAAGGAUCAAUUCCAGGCCCACAAGUAGCAAAUUCUACUUUGAACAGAAAUAUGUCACAUAUGACUAAUGAUAACAAAGCAAAGUCUGAAAAAGCCCCUCCUCCACCUCCUUAUAAUAAAACUCAAAAUAACCACAGUGGUGAUUAUACCAUAAUGAAGUCUGCUCCACCUAAGUACACAGAUGUCAGUGCUUUAUUAAAAAGUGAUAACACAGUUAGUUUUGAUGAUAAAGUGGUUACAAUACCUUCAACAGCUAUAUAUGCAUCUAUUGCACCUAGUGCUCAAAGACCUAAAGCAAAUAUUGCUACUGAAGUUCAAACAUUAACACCAGCCCCAAAAUUCUUUCAUCCUAAGCCUAAUAUUGGCAAUGGUUUAGGGAAAGAUAAACCAUCAUCAAUGACGUCACUUAAUGAAGGAUAUAAUUUAAAACCUCCACUAAACAACAGAAUGCAAAUUGUGGAUGAUACUAAUGGCUCUGAUUAUGUAUGUAUGACUGGUGGAUCUCCUGCUGCUGCUGUGGCCGCUGCCACAAGGGAUAAUGUGUCACUUGCCUCAGAAUCAAUUAGCUCUAGAAAUUUAGUGUCUGGUCGAACAUCUCUUUGUUCUCCAGCACAAUCACCUGCACCAAGUCCUACACCAAGCUCUGUGUCACAAGUGUCAGCAGGUUCAAGAGGUUCUGGUGGAAGGGGCAAAAGUCUACUACCUUACAGUAUUACUCCACCUCGACCUCCAGGACCUAGUGAAGCUCAGCGUAAAAUUGAAGAGCUUACAAGACAGCUUGAAGAAGAAAUGGAAAGACAAGAUGAAGAUGGAGAAUAUUUUGGUAUUUGUCACACAUGUAGAGGUGGAGUGACAGGAGCAGGGCAAGCAUGUCAAGCUAUGGGCAAUUUAUAUCAUACCAAUUGCUUCAUUUGUUGUUCGUGUGGUCGAGCAUUACGUGGCAAAGCUUUCUAUAAUGUUCAUGGCAAAGUUUACUGUGAAGAAGAUUAUUUGUAUUCUGGGUUCCAACAAACUGCCGAAAAAUGUGCAAUUUGUGGCCAUCUGAUAAUGGAAAUGAUUUUGCAAGCAAUGGGCAAAUCGUACCAUCCAGGCUGUUUUCGUUGCUGCAUAUGCAAUGAAUGUUUGGAUGGUGUACCAUUUACUGUUGAUGUGGAUAACAAAAUCUAUUGUGUCAAUGACUAUCAUCGUAUGUUUGCACCAAAGUGUGCCAGUUGCGGAAAAGGUAUUACACCUGUAGAAGGCACAGAUGAAACAGUACGGGUAGUAUCAAUGGACCGAGAUUUUCAUGUUGACUGUUACAUGUGUUGUGUUUGUGGAAUGCAGCUCACUGAUGAACCAGAUAAACGCUGCUAUCCCUUAGCAGGUAAAUUGAUGUGCCGUGCAUGUCACUUGGCCACCAUUGGAGCUGCAACAGGUCCCGGUAUGCCUCCAGCACCACACUUAUCGCCUGCUUCAUACAAGUACAUGGGUUAA